AUGGUGCAUCUCGGACAGGUUGCCACCGACAAGGAGAUCGAAGACAAGAGCAACGUCAACGUCGGCGUGCAAGAGCUCGGCAUUGACGACUCCGCCAGCGGCCAGUUCUCCACCAGCGUCUACGGCAGCCGCUAUGCCGCCUUCGAUCUGCCCAGGCAUGAGAUGCCAGAGGAUGAGAUGCCCAAGGAGAUUGCCUACCGUAUGAUCAAGGAUGAUCUGACCCUUGAUGGUACCCCUACUCUGAAUCUCGCAUCCUUCGUCACCACCUACAUGGAAGAGGAGGCGGAGAAGCUGAUGGUCGAGGCCUUCAACAAGAACUUCAUCGACUACGAAGAGUACCCGCAAUCCGCCGACAUCCAGAACCGCUGCGUCUCCAUGAUUGCCCGCCUGUUCAACAUCCCCGCCCACGACGCCAACACCAAUGCCAUGGGCACCAGCACCAUCGGCUCCUCCGAAGCCAUCAUGCUCGCCAUGUUGGCCAUGAAGAAGCGCUGGCAGAACAAGCGCAAGGCGGAGGGCAAGGACAUCAGCAAGCCCAAUAUCAUCAUGAACUCCGCCGUCCAGGUGUGCUGGGAGAAGGCCGCCAGGUACUUUGAGGUCGAGGAGCGCUACGUCUACUGCACCAAGGACCGAUUCGUCAUUGACCCCGAGGAGGCGGUGAACCUCAUCGACGAGAACACCGUCGGCAUCUGCUCCAUUCUCGGCACCACCUACACCGGCCAGUACGAGGACACCAAGGCCAUCAAUGACCUGCUCGUGGCCAAGAAGAUUGACGUCCCCAUUCACGUCGAUGCUGCUUCCGGUGGCUUCGUCGCUCCCUUCGUCUGCCCUCAACUCGUCUGGGAUUUCCGUUUGGAGAAGGUGGUGUCCAUCAACGUCUCCGGGCACAAGUAUGGUCUUGUCUACCCAGGUGUUGGCUGGGUUGUCUGGCGUGACCCCGAGUUCCUUCCCAAGGAGCUCAUCUUCAACAUCAACUACCUCGGCGCCGACCAAGCCUCCUUCACCCUCAACUUCUCCCGCGGCGCCUCGCAAGUCAUCGGCCAGUACUACCAACUCAUCCGCCUCGGCAAAAAGGGCUACCGCAGCAUCAUGCUCAACUUGACACGCACCGCGGAUUACUUGGCCGCCUCCGUGCAAAAGAUGGGCUUCCUGCUGCUCUCCGAGACGCGCGGCCGCGGCCUGCCCCUCGUCGCCUUCCGCCUCAACCCCGCGCUCGGCCACAAGUUUGACGAAUUCGCCGUCGCCCACCACCUGCGCGAGCGCGGCUGGGUUGUGCCGGCCUACACCAUGGCCCCGCACAGCGAGGGCAUGAAGAUGAUGCGCGUCGUCGUGCGCGAGGACUUUUCGCGCUCGCGCUGCGACGCCCUCAUCUCCGACAUCCAGAUGGCGGUCGACGAGCUGAGCAAGAUGGACGAGAAGAAGCUGGAGCUGCAGAAGGAGCACAUGAAGCAGCGUGCCCGUAGGGGGGGCAAGGGCGGCGGCAAGGGCACCAACUCGCACUACGCCGAUGAGUCGCACAGCUUGAAGGGCAAGCACAAGAAGACUCAUGCUGUUUGCUAA